AUGGGCUCAGAUACAACCACACUUUUGGAUAUUCUGCGGAGCCACUCGGCUGUCGAUUGUGACACCUUUGACGAAACAGUUGCAAGCUCGUUGGGCCCAUUCGUCGACUGUACAUCGAACCAGGCAAAGUAUCUAAAGGCUAUAGCAUAUCACGAACUUAUACGAGUAGAUGGCCAAGGCGACCGGGUACACGCACAGCUCAUUGAGGAUGCAGUCGUCUACGCAAAGUCCAAGCGUGCUGCAUACCCCAAAGUGGACGAAGCUGAGAUCGCUGUUGAAUGCAUGAUGGUAAAGCUAGCGCUGAGAAUUGUCCCAUAUCUUACGGGAUACUCGCACAUUCAGACCAACCCCCAAUACUCCUAUAAUACGCAGAAGACCAUUGAGAAUGCCAAGCGUAUCGUUCAGAUCUUCAAAGAUCUAGAACCGUCUUACGACAGCAAAAGAAUUUGUAUCAAGAUACCAUCAACAUGGGAGGGCCUCUUGGCCUGCCAGACUUUGGAAUCACAGGGGAUUUCGACGUUGGCAACUACAAUGUUCUGCAUGGAGCAGGCAGUACUUGCAUCGCAUGUUGGCUGCACCUAUAUCGCUCCGUACAUUAACGAAUUGCGCGUACACUUUGACGCCGGGUACACCGACGAAGCCAAGGCCUUCCACUUUUGUGGGCAGGCGCAAGCAUACUAUGAGAAGAUUGGAAGCAAGACCAAAGUGUUACCUGCUAGUUUAACCAGCAUCCAGGAGGUCAUGCUGUUGGCCGGAGCUCAUCACAUCACCGUCUCGCCACCACUUUUGAAAAAGCUGGCCGAGACACCAGCAAACCCAUGGGAAGGAGAGACUGGCAAAGUUUUCAACGAGGUGAACAUGAGCCUGUUGGACGAAUACAGUCACAUUCCACGGGACGAGCCAAGCUGGCGACUGGCCUUCACGCGAAGCGCCAAUGGUCAAAGCGAGGUCAAGAUCAUCCAGGCAAUCAACAUCUUUUGCGAAAAGCAAGAAGGACUGCAGGAGCUCGCAAGAUCAGUUUGA